AUGCCCAUUGUCCUUUUUGAGAUCAAGGACGGGUCCUACGUCAUAUAUCCCAUGAAGCCCGGCGAGACCAUCGGCUCCGACCUAUCCAGCACCGCCACCUUCUCGGGAAUCAACCCCGGCAGCUUCUCCGCCAUGCGCGCCGCCUGCGACCGCGACGCCCAGUGCAUCGGGCUGACAAUUGACCCGCCGUCCCGCUGGCGCCCGUUCGCCGGCCGCACGUGGGAGGGGGCGGUGGGCAAGGUGCGGCUGGUGGGGACGGCAAUCAAUUCGUGGAUCAGGGUGCCAGACGGAGUGGAGGUCUCGCCGUUCUCCAUGGGCAUGUCAUGGUGGGCUUCCCCGCCCUGA